CUUCUUCCGGUUUGGAGAAACAAACAAACGGCGGCUUCACAGCGUCACUUUAACCUGAGAGACAGACAGACAGAGAGACAGACAGACAGACAGACAGACAGACGGUCGGUUUGUAUUCGUUUGCUGUGUUUCGGAAGAAAGUUUCAUUAAUAUUCUGAUUUCUCAUGUCCAGCUGCAGCUGAAUCAGGAAUGACGACGUCCCCGAGGUAUCAGAGCUCCAGACCCUCAGUCGGGAAGCUGGAUGUGGAAUUCCAGACUCCGGCCUUGUCAGAGAAGUUUCAGAGCCGGUUCGGAUGGAGGUCCCACAGAACUGAGAGUGAGACGGGUCCAGGAGGAAAGACCUCUGACCACAUGGAGGAAUCCUGUAGCUCCAGCAGCAGUCCAUCCUUCCAGCCAAUCCGGAGUCAGAUUCCUAUCCCCACUGCCCAUGUCAUGCCCUCUACGGCCCACAAUCCUUUGCAGCGCCCCACAGACUCACGCUCCAGCUCCAAAUCAUCCCUCUGUAAAUCCGCAUCAUCCCCAAACCUGGAGGCGCAGGAUGGAGGUGGAGUCAAGCAGGACUGCCUGAGUCGCUACCGCAGCCUGGUCAACGGGUUGGACCACUCGCUGUUCCCCGGAGCGGACCACAACCACACCCGGCUAGACGAGGCUCAGGGCUUCGAGAUGCCCCACGUGGAGCCGACCCUGAACCAGUCCGCGCUGCUUGGAGGAUUCGGACCGGACGUCAGGAUGAAGCUCCACAUGACCGGACUCGGAGAAGCGGCAGAAUAUCGGAUGGACGUCUUCCAUGGCGCUUUGGAUCAGACGUAUAAGGUGCUACCUGAAGCUAGAACAGGAAUUCCGGCCUCCUCGGAGUCGUACAGCAAAACCAAGGCGCAUCCGGGUGAGAACAUGGCUGACUGGCAGCAGAAAUUCGAGAGCCUGAGAAUGCAGGUGGAGCAAAUGCAGUUAUUAGGGAGUGGUCAGUACUCGUCUCUGUAUCCACCUCCUCUGCAGUCUGAGAGCAGUAAAUGGGAGGCGGUGAUAAAGGCCAAUGAGAGUCUACUAAAGGAGAAGGAGCUUAUCAUCGACAGGCAGAAGCAGCAGCUGUUUCAGCUGGAGCAGCGUCUCAGAGAGAGCGAGUUACAGAUCCAUGGAGCUCUGAUGGGUCGAGGAGCUCCGUUGACUGACGUCUGUCUGCUCAGACUGCAGGAGGCACAGCGUGAGAACGCUUUCCUGCGAGCCCAGUUUGCCGAGCGCAGUGACUUGUUCACUCAGGAGAAGCAGGAGGCGGACCGACGCCUGGGAGCCGUGGAGGCGGAGACUCAGCGUCUGAGCGAGAGUCUGAAGGAGAGCGUGGAGAAACAUGCAGAGGAACUGAAGAAGCAGGAAGAGAGGAUCCGCAACAGAGAUAAACACAUAAACAACCUGAAGAAGAAAUGCCAGAAGGAGGCAGAGCAGAACCGAGAGAAACAGCAGCGCAUCGAGACGCUGGAGCGUUACCUGGCUGACCUGCCCACCAUGGAGGACUACCAGAGCCAGAGGAAACAGCUGGAGGUAGCUGAACAGAAGGUGGAUGAGCUGCAGGGAUUAGUGGAGGAACUGGAGGCUCAGCUGAAGGAGGUGCGGGCAGCCAACCACGCUAAAGACGGACAAUUGGAGAACCAGCAACAGAGGGAGAGGGAGCUGCUCGCUACUGUCACUAGUCUGCAGGCCCGUGUGCAGGAGGGGUUGGAGGAUGGAGCCCGGUUGCCGUCUCUGGAUGUGGAGAAGCUCCGAGAGGAAAACCUUACUUUAAAAGAAGAGCAGCAGAAACUCAAAAAGGUUAUUGAGAAGCAGCUGAGGAUGAUGGAGCAGCUCAGCUCUCAGAUCAGGAGUGUGCAGCAGCAGCUAUCAGAGGAGGAGAGUAACGGUCAGGCUCUGAGAGAUGAGAUGAACUCGAAAGAUCAGCAGCUGCUGCAGUUACGCUCAGCGGUGAAGGAGCUGUCUGCACAGAACCAGGAGCUGAUGGAGCAGAGUGUGUGUCUGCAUGAGCGUCUGCAGGCCGAGUCGAGUGUGUGUGAUGUGCAACUCACUCAGCAGCUGCUCACUGAAAUGGCCUCGUGUCUCACUGACCUGCGCUCCCUCUGCAGCGUCCUCACACACACCGCACACGGUCAGGACCCUAACCUGUCCAUGCUGCUGGGGAUCAGCGCCCCUGCAGUCUCAGAGCCGUGCGAUGAUUGGUUAAAUCCUGCAGUUCUACAGAAUAAACUCCAGGAGGCGCUGCAGCUGAGACGAGACGUGGAGGAGCUGCGGAACACUGUCUCUGACCGCUACGCCCAGGACAUGGGGGAGAACUGCACCACACAGUAACACAGAACCCACACGGUAAUGCCACUGGAAUCAGAAUGAGAACUGGCAGAACCAGAUGAUAGAAAACUGAUACCUGAACUUCAGCUGCAACCUGAGAUGAACCUUCCAGAACCACCACCAGGACCAGAGAACCACUGAACAAGAACUAGCAGAACCACAAGCCGGUAGAAGCUACAUGAGAACCAGCAGAAGUUGUGGAACCUAACCUGAGACUGAACUUUUAACACCACCCCCGUUUCCCUUUUGAAGGGCUAACAAUGCUAAUGCUAAUAACACUACACUACACUACACUACUAUUUUUAUAUAAAAGAUUUUCAUUUGAAUAUUUUUCUAACCUCUUUAGAACCCUGAGGUUGUUAUUUAACUUUAACGUUCUUGUGCGGUCAGGAACUGAUGUGAUUUGGUUGACAAUCAACUGAUGAUGAUAUUUUAAACUUUGUUGUUGUUUUUUGUUGUUGUUGCUAUGGUAACACCUGAGGUGUGACGGACCUGCCGUUAUGGGAGAUGGUAGUGUCCGCAGCUAGGGCCGAUAAAACACUUGCUGCCUUUAUCUCUGCUCGUUUUGCUCGUCUAACGCUCGUUAAAGUCCACUUCAUCAUCCUGACUGGACCAAAGAGCGACCCCUGCGUCUGUAAUUACAGGUGAGAAACCUUCAAUAAAAACUCUUUUAAAGAUUCACACCAUCAGGAAAGUUGUUGCUUUUCGUUAGAACAUUCCGGCACCUUAAACGCUUCCCAGAGAAGACACUACUCCAGUCAUGAGAUUCACUCGUGUGAUUCACUCGGACUCUUUUGAUUCUUGAUUAACUAGUUUAAAAGAGUUGAUUCAUUUGUUUGAUUCUGAAUCAUCUGCUCUACAAAACUCUAGUUCACAACCUAGAUGUUCAUGAUGCAUCAUACCAUACAUAUGAGGAUAUUUCGUUUCUGUUUGAUUUAAAGUUUUUGUUUUAAGUUAUAAGUAAAUUUGUACAAAAUUAAAACUUAAAUCAUUUAGUGGUUGAAAAUUUUCAGUUCAGUGAUUUAUUUAUUUUAAACUUUACAAGAUUAUUAAAGUAAAAACCAAAUACUAAUACAAUACAAAUACUGCUAAAAAUCAUUUGAAUAAAAUGAAUAAAUAAGUGUGAGCUUGAAUUUGCCUUUGUUUGUUUGUUUGUUUGUUUGUUUGCUUUUCCAGGCCCUGUUCUGAUUGGUUUAAAUCUCUCUGAGUGAAACUCCAGAUGAUGACGUCAUAAAAUUCUCAAAAAAAUCUUAAAAGCUGUCAUCAUUUUCACAGAUUCUUAGAAUUUAGGGAAUAUUAUUGAUUGAAAUAACAGAUGUGGUCAGCUGUGUGGGGAAAAAAAACAGUAAACAAAUCCCUGAAUUAAACCUGGCACUGCAUCACGCAGCUGACUGACCAAUUAACACCAUUCUUAAUACUUUUUUCUAAAUUAACGAUUGGUCAGAAUCUGAUUUAAUGAAAGCUUUAUUUUUUUGUCUCAUGUUUCCCUAGCCUCGGGGUUAGCAUGCUAACAGAGCUAGCGGCCUGCGUGUGUUUAGCAUGGCCUGUCUGACUGGAAUAUUUAAAUUCAUGUUAAACUUUUUCUGUUUAUUCGUGUUUAUUUUUCAUGUUUCCAUGACGUGUAUCGUGUGUCAUGAACAUGUCUUUAAGUGUUGAUGUAUUCUUUUCACUUCGUAGCAUGACAGCG